AUGGCGGUCGGAGGCGCUGGGGCAACUAGAGAGGAGUGGCGGAAGCGUGCGGUGACGCACCUGAGUGUUCCUGACAGCUUCCCUGCGGGAGAGGAGCUCUUUGUUCCGCAGCCCUUUGAGAAGGGCGCUGUCAUUGAGACGCGAUCCUUUCAGACGGGGUUCCGGGGGGCUUGGUUCCUCAGUGAGGUCGUCGCCUUCCACACCGACCGAAGUAUGCCGACACAGCAGGUCACAAUCAGGAAUUUGUCCUACCCAGACGAUAAGCCGUCCAAAAUGUGCCUGUACCAAGUCGACCCGAACGACAGAGGCUCGCGCUACCUCAUGGUGCGACCAAUUCCACCCCGGAACAUCCCUUUUGGCGAGGACGCACCGAAUCCGGGGCAGACAGAUCAGCCCGUCUUCAAGCACGAGCGCCAGUAUGCCAAGGGUGAUAAGGUCGACGCUUAUGUCUUGGAGUGCUGGUGGAGCGGCACCGUCCGGGCGAUCAGCGGAAAGCGCGCACGGGUUGAGUGGCGCCCCGAGCCAAACCUGCGGCCGACCCUUCGCUGGGCGGGAAAACGGUGGCACAUGCUCAAGAAUCUGACUGGCCCGCUUGGCAAGAUCGUCGUUCCAGUCGGGGGGUCAGGGUCGCCUGCAAUCGAGGCCCCCGGCGCCGUAGGGGGCUCAGAAUCGAAAACAACAGGGACCCCCAGGAAGCGCGGCGGCUCCGCAGGGGGGUCGAACAAGGAGACGGAAGAGGCCCCCAACGGAUUAGUAGGGGGUUUGGGAUCAGCGGCGAAAGAGACCCCCCGCAAGCGCCCCGGCUCAGCAGGGGGUACAAAAGCGGAGGCAAAAGCAACCCCCCGAAAGCGAGCCGGCUCAGCAGGGGGUUCGAAACCAGAGGCGAAAGGAACCCCCGGGAAGAGGCCUUGCGGACCAGCAACAGAAGCCGGGCCUGAAAGGGUUGCGAAAGCGGGCAAGCCUGCGGCGGACGCCUCGGCAGCCAGAACAAAACCCACUCCUAAGCCGGGCAUGUCCGAGAAAGGCGCUGAGACACUGACAGAACGGAGCCCCCCGAGAGUGCGGCCGCCUCCCAAGGUCCGAACCCCUCCAGAAGUGAAGAAACCCCCGGAAAAGCAGGAAUCUCCAAAAGUGCGGAUACUUCAUGAGGUGCAGGACUCCUCUAAACCGCGGCUGCAACCGGAGACGCUGUCCCUGCCCAAAGUGCACAUCCCUGAGAAAGUGCAAACCCCCGAAGAAGCGCGAACGCCUCCAAAGGUGCAGAACUCUCCGAGACCGCGCCACCUCUACAAAGUGGGAGAAAGGCCUCCAGAAGACGCGGGCCCCCCUGAGGGGGGGCAAACUGAGGAGCGGCCAAGGGGAGUGCCCGGGAGAAAGUGCUUCGACUGCGGGACAGAGAAGACCACUGCGUGGCGACGGGGCCCCUUGGGCGAUAACACGCUGUGCCAGACGUGCGGGGUGCGUUACUGGCUGAUGAAACUGAGGGAGAAAAGGUUGGGGAGGUCGGAGACGUUUGAACGGGAGCGGAUCGAGGCGGUGCAGAAUCCGGGGCCUGAGGGGGCGACAGGUGGCAGCGGGCUAGGGAUGACAGGUGGCGGCGCCCCAGAGGUGACAGCUGACGGCGGGCCAGAGAAGAGCUGUAUGCAGUGUGGGAAGUGGAGGAGAACCAAAUUGAGUCAAUGGCGGACGGGGCCGCCAGGGAAAGAGACGCUGUGCAACGAGUGCGGGCUGCAAUUUCGCAGGCUGGGCCCCGAUUGGGUGCCAGGUGGCGCCCUUCUAUUGGCCGAAAGCACCGCGCCAGUACAAGCUGGUGCGGGCAGGUACUUAGCCAAGCGGGGAGAGCCGACGAAGGGGUUACGCAGCACGAGUGCGGGGCCGAUCGGACAAAAGGGGGGUACAAAAACAGGCGUUGAGGAGGGGUGGUGGAGAAAACCCGGGUUGGGCAGUGGCAGCUUCUUUGACAAAAAAAUAGACCGGUCGGCGCUGGAAGGAAAGGGCACGGAGAAGCUGACGAGUUCGGCAAAUGGGGAUCCAUUCCGCCUCCAAAGGCCGCCAGCCUCUUUUGCGGGCCCCCCUGGAAAGCCGAGGCAAGGCCCCCCCGCGGAGAAGAAGCGGGCGGCACGAGACUUGGAGUCGUCGAGUUUGUCGGAGUCUUCGAAGCGGAUGCGGAUCCAGGGCAACUCGGUGAGGAGUGCUAGUGCGAGGAUCAUCGGACAGGCCCUCAGAAACGUCCGGAUACGGCCAGACGCUUCCGGCGCGUCCGAGAAAGCUGUGUCCGGAAAUGCCGCGUCCGAAAAGGCUGUGUCCGUAAAUGCCGCGUCCGAAAGCAAGGAGAGGAACGUCGAGAGAGAACGAACGGCGGCCGGAGAUGAGGGGGCGCAAGCGAAAGGAAUUUGGACGCAGCCCGACGCUUCUGCUGCGGCCGAGUGCGACGUGUCCGAAAGCAUGGCGCCUGAGAAGAACGUUGAGACGGAGAGCGAAGGGGCCGAACAGAAAGAGGCGAAAGCAGAGCGAGAGAGGAAACAGCGGGCAGAGGCGCGGAGAAAGAAACGGGAAAGGGUCUGGCGGCUGAAAGCACAGCUGGCGUGUUCGAUUGGCGAACCGAAGGGGCAAAAGGUUGCGAGGCUGAAAGCACAGCUGGCAUGCUCAGUAGGCGAGCCUAUCGGGAAGAGAAAAAGGCUUACGCGGCAAGAGGCGAGGAGAGAGGAUGGCGAGGUGGGGGUGAAAAGCGGGGCGGCGAAAGGGGGGCCGACGAGCGGAAAGCGAAUCGAUGUAGAAAAGGGAGGGCUUACGAGAAAUCGGGGUGCUUCAGAUACGGGGGGUGUAGAUAGAGGGCUUAGCAGCGCCGCUAAGAAACUAGCGGUGUACGAAAAGCUGAAGCGAGUGGUGGGGGGUUCGGACAAGGUGACGCGUCCGAAAGGACGUCCGAAGAGAGGGCGUCCGAAGAAGGGCGCGGCGCAGGAAUCACCGAGGCGGAAUCCGAAGAGGGGGAGAAAGAGCGACGAGGAAGAGAGCAGCGAAGAAAGCGACCCGUUACGGGGUGGAAUUAAUGAAGGAAAAGAAAGUGCGGGCGUAAGGGAGAAGGAAAAACAGGGAGUGUCAAAGCCACCGAAGCAGAAAGGGCCGGGACGGCCGGUGUUUUGGGGGGUCAAUUUGGACGAGUUGAUCGUUGAAGAGGAGUUUGAGCUGCCGGAGAAGGUCCGGGCGCGGGCGGAGAGGGAACGCAGGGAGGUUAGGCGACGGUUAAGCGAGGUUAGCGGUGCAGGUGGCGAGGCGGGGAGCAGCGGGAGGGAUCCCUCGGGAAUAGAAGAGGUGCUUAUUCACAGUGUGAAAGUGCCGGGGAAGACAAGCCGUGGGGAGAGUGUUGUCGAGAGCAAGAAAGCUGGAGCGAGGAGCGAUGCGGCGGGGCUCGAGACGGGAAGAGCGCGGUGUUUUGCGGGAGUUUUAACGGAGAUAGGCGCGGGGGAAACUCCGCUCCUCGGGCAGGAAGGAGCGGACGAUUCGGGGGGUAGUCGGGCCAGUGAAACGAUUCCCCUAGGAAGCGCGCACAAAGUGGCAAGCAGCGGGGGGGGUGCUGGGACCAGCGGUCGGACCCCCCCGGAAAUCGAACAGCCACCACGGCCGGAUGAGUUCGAUCUAACGGAAGAGCUCGUCUCCUGUCUAGACAAGUCCGAGGCCUUGUCCGCAGCGGAAGAGCUUCUUAGUAGGUGGGAAGAGGUGUCGCUGGACGAGGUACGGGGCCUCUUCUUGAUGGUCAAUCUUUGGAGUCCGGACGAGGAGUCGCUGAAAGAUCCCGUGGGGUGGUAUCGGGACAAGAUCGAGGCGCUCGCGUUCCGGGAACAACGGUUUGUGGAGGUUGGGAGUGGGGGGAAUGCGGGGGUGUUUAGAAAGUGGGCGGUGAAAGAUGACGACAGAGAUGCAACAACGGAGGGAGAAAGGAGGCUUGGAUUUUCGGAAAGACUGGAAGCGGCGAAGGACGGGCCACUGGGCACUGCUCCUCUCGAAGCUGGCGUCAACUAUGCCGACGUCAGCACCGCCGCUCCUCAGGCGCGAAGCCGUGAGCCUCUCGGGACGUUCCCCGUCAGUGGAACAUUCGAUGCGGAAGCUGCCAACGUCCCCGCUCCGACGUCAGCCAGUCUGGCAAAUCCAACGUCGAAGACGGCUGAGAUUUCGAGCGUUCCGGGCUCUAGAGGCGAAGCAGUGCGAAGGGACUUACUUUCUUCGGACGUCCUGCCUGGGCCUGGGGCGUCCGUUGCUCGGACGCUGUCCGAAGGUAUGGCGGACGACCGUGGUGGGGGGCUGGAGUCGAGCGACGGGGUGAAUCCGAAGAAGGGCCUCAAUAAGGACGACGAACGAGAACCAAUCGGCGGGCCUGUCCCAGACAACGGGCUACGAGGGAACGAUACGAUCUCGAGUAAGGAACUGAGUCCGAACGGAAGGCUAGACCUGACUGGGGGGUUACAUUUGGGCCAGGGCCUGGCUGCGGGCGGAACGCUGGACUCGGAGUGGGGGGUUGUUUUGGAUAAGGCGAUGGGUGUGGAGAAAGAGUUGAAUGCGAACGGGGGGCUGGGUUCACAUGGAGGGCUGCGAUCGGACGGGGAUCCAAAUAAGGACGAGGUUCUGAGGUCGGCCAAAGGGCCAGUUUCGGACGGGGCACUGAAGGGGCCAAGUUCGGACGCGGGUUUGGACUUGAACGGGGGACCGAGGGCAGACGAGAGGGACCAGGGGCUGGAAACGGACGUUGUUCGGACGCUGGACGGGGGCCUGGAUAUGGACGAGGGGCUGGAUUCGGACGCUGGGUUACGUGCGGACGCGGGACCGAAUCUGGGCGGGGAGCCGAAUAAGGAGGAAGCGUCGAAUGCAGACCGGAGGCUCUUUUCGCACGUGAAGGUGGCUGUGUCCGUGGGGCUUCAUUCGGACAGAGGCCUGCCUGCGGACGACGGCCUGACUCAGAAAGACGUCCGAAAGUCGGUCGAGGCGCUCCACUUGGGUGAGAGGAAGGAUCCAAACGACGGGCACACUGCGAACAAGGCUGCUCAGCGAUCAAACGGCAGAGAGGGGAUGAUGCGUGUUGAGAAGAAGCGUUUGGUCGAAGACUCGGAGAGAUCCGGCGGGAUGGGGCUGGAGGGAUCGGGGGGAGGCGUGACUGGAAACGCUUUGGAAACGCAGCAGGGCCUGCGGAUACCUCCCCCCCGAGGGAACCCGCCUGCCGCCGCCGCGCCCGUUUGGUCCGAGCACAGAACCCCCGACGGUCGCCCGUACUACUUCAACCGUGCGGUCCAAGUCUGCAUAUGGGAAAAGCCGUUGGAGCUGAUGACCCCCCAAGAGCUGCAUUCCCUCAACGUUUGGAAGGAGCUCAUCACCCCCGACGGGCGCGUUUAUUACUCCAACAGACUCACGAUGGCGUCGAGUUGGACUGUGCCGGAGGAUCUUCGCGCAGCGGGGGGGGGCUGGGCUGCUGGAUCUAAGGGGGGGGCUGCCUUCGCUGGUCCUAUUGCUUCCCGGGCGUUUCCAGACGCCCAGCGAGCGGACUGGGACAGCCUGUUCCCCUGCAUUGCGAACGGCUUCCCAACGGUUCCAGCGACUGAGCGGGCCACUCCGGACGUGCUGCGGACGCCUUUGGACGCACAACGAACGGUUCUGAGCGGCCGUCGGACGUUCUCGGACACGCGGCAAGCAGAACUGGACAGCCUGUUCCCCUGCUCUGCGAACGGCUUCCGAACAGUACUAACAACCCAGCCGGCGAUUUCGGGCGGACUUGGGAGCGCUCCCGACGCACUGUGGACACUUUCGGAAGCACAACGAACGGAUCUAAGCGGCCGCCGGACGCUUUCGGACACCAUGCAGAGGCUGUCGGACGCUGUCGCCGGGCGCAGCUCUGCAGAGCGCCCCUUGGCAGAUGGUGCAAUAAGGUCGAACCAGGUGUUAGCAGGGGACGGAUUUACAGGGUCUCCCGACCCACUGCGGACGCUUUCGGACGCACAGCAAACGGAUCUAAGCGGCCGCCGGACGCUUUCGGACACCAUGCGGAGGCUUUCGGACGCCAUUGCAGGGUGCAGCGCUACAGAACCCCCUUUGCAGAAUGGUGCGAUAGGGCCGAAACGGACGUCAGCAGGUGCGAGAGGGUUGGGGGGCGGUGAAGAGGAUGAAACGCACUGGUUAGCGGACCUGAUCGUGGAGUCUCACGAACACAAGUGCGGCGCCGAGCAGGUUGGACCUCCACUUCAGGGGCCUAACCCGGCGCCCCAAUUAUUCCCGAACACACCCGGCUUAGUGAGCCCCCCAACCCAGAAAGCGUCGGCCAAAGUCACCCCUGUCCAGCCGCUGACCUCCCCAAUCCCGCCACCCACGCCUAGUUACCCCCUCGCUCCUUCGAGCAUUAGUGCCUGGUUAGCCAAACCCUCAGAAAACCCUCAAGACGGAGGGAAACGUCAAAUUGUGUGCGGAGCAGGGGAGAUGUUGGACGCUCGGACGAGUGCGGCAAAAAGUGGAGAAAAGCAAUCUCCAAGUGUGAAUACACGCCGGCCAGCGCCAGGUGUCCACCUACAGAUGGCGCCAGGUGGCGUGCAGCGGCUGGUGCCAGGUGGCGCCGGGACGGUGACUGAGGUGCCACUUGGUGGCGCGUGGACUAACGGAACGGAAGGGAACGGAUUUGAGGCUGGGGGCAGGUCUGAGCAAGUACCCGGUGGCACGCUUCCGGGGCGGGAGAAUGGCGCGCACACAGGGGUGGAGACGGCGGGUCAACUAGGAGAGCUCGCGGGCGGUCCGCUGGGAGAAUGCGGCGAACGGAAUGGUAGUCGCAAAGGGUUGACCAACGACCGCAGCGCAGAGGGUACGCAACCCGGCAACCCUGCGACGAGUCACUUCGUUCCUGGCAGAGACGGCCACCCCGGUCUUUGGCACACCAUCCUUCCCGGUGGGGUUCUCAUCUCCCAGUUCGGGACCCCCCCGGAUGUAAACCAGGGGUCCAUGCUCCCCCCUGCUACGAGUCCUGCACUGACACUGCAAAACGCCCCUGUUUCGAACCGGGGGGGUAAUGCGGCCGGGUCAGAGACAACCAGAGUCGCCCCGCCGCCGAUCUGGUUUCGCCGACGUGUUUCCGACAACCUUACGGUGUUCAGUCAGCCCCCCGCUUCCGUCCAGGGGGGCAUGUCCCCCCGUCCCGCCACCAUCUCAAUGAACCCUUUGUCAGCCCCACCUUACGCUGCAGGGGGGUCGUCAAAUCUUUGUGCUUCUCAAGCAAUGGCCGCUGAGCUCACCCAUGGUUUGUCUCAGGGGGUGGCUCCAAACCCCGGGCCGGGGCAAAUGCAGCCCCCCACAACGGUUUGGGGUGUUCCACGGCUGCCAAUAAACCCCCGGGGGUUAGGAGCUAUACCGAUUUCCGCUCACCCGAGAGCCUCUGGCGCGGCCAUCAUCGCCCUUCCAGCUCCGGGGAAACCUACCGAGGGGAUCCCUUCACAAAGGGCAGCUGGGAAACGGGGCCGGCCCCUAGGGUCGAAGAACAAAUCGAAGUGCCGUCAAGUGGCGAUGUUGUCUUGGGAGGAGUUGCAGCAGAUGAAGGCAGGGGGCAAAGAGUCGGUGUUUCUCGCUCUUGCCGCGUACGAAAAGCCGGCUCCGUUGGAAGCCCCCGAUUCCGCUGCACUUUCGUCGCUGCCAGAGAUUCCCCUUGACAUGGUCGCGCCGGAAGAUUCAGCCAGGCAGCUCGGGCCAGCAAACACGCCGAAAAACACGCCGGAAAUUGUGCCCAGCAAAAGCCCAGACUUCGCAUCGGAGCGAGAGGGGGAGCCGGGGCCAGAAAGCACGCCGGAUAUCCCGCCCAGUAAAAGCCCGGUAUUUGAACUGGGGCGAGAGGGGGAGCCAGGGGAAGGAAACAGUCCAGAGCUUAUGCCCCGCGAAAGCCCGGUAACCGAAACGGGGCGAGAGGAGGGAGAAGCAUCAGCGGACGAGGUCGGCCAUCCAAAUCGUGCGCAGUGCGCUCCGAACCGGGCUGAGACCGGUUCCCACCUGGCUGCGAAUCCGGACGAGUCUCCCGCUGAGAAGAGUCCUAACGAUCUGGAUGAGUGCGAGGGGGCGGAAAGAGUGCUGGACAAGUUCGGACGUCUAAACGGUGCGGAGAGCGGUCCGAACCGGGCUGAAACCGGUCCCCACCCUGCGGCGAGUCCCUACGAGUCACCCGCUGGGAAGAGUCCAAACGGUUUGGACUGGUUUUACUCGCUACUCGGCCCUUCGGACCAAUCCCCGCGUCCGCAAGCUGCGGUCGGUGGAAGUCCGGCAGUGGCCGCACGUCCGGAAGAACGGCCGGAAACCGAACGGCCGACGGCCCGGGAGUGCUCCGCUUGCCGCGUGUCCGAGAGUCCUCAGUGGAGGCGUGGCCCCACGGGGCCCCAAAGUCUGUGCAACCGUUGCGGGGUUUUUUGGUACAAGCACAGGGACGGGUGGGGGGAUUUCCUGGAGCAAUUCAGCCCCCCCUCAGAUGGAGCGAACGGCCUGCCUUGCGGCAAUGAAGAAAGUGCCCGGUUGGAUGUCCCGGUCGCUUUUGAAGAGUGCCCGGAAGCCGUCGAAAUCGCCCACCAGGCCGAGGCAGCGGCGGCGGGAAGCUUAGAGGGUUCGGAAUCGCCGGACGGUCCGGUGUCGGCGGGAGUUCGGACGGUCGGACGCGCCACUUUCAGGGAGGUGACGAGCGAGGACGAGGUGGCUGCGGCGCUGGAGAAGAGCCUGCGGGCGGCUGCCACAUGGCAGCGGAUGGCGCACUCGCUCGCGCGGACCACCGGCCUGCGCUCGAGGCUGGAGGAGUUGGGAAAGGGGGGUGCAAAUGGCGGGAUUCCAGGGGGGGUGGACGGUGCGGGAAACGGAAGCGUGCUGGAGGCGUCGAUAGAGGACGGGGGUAGCAACUAUGCGAGAGCAACGCGAUCCAGAAGAAGCCGCGAAAGUAUGGAGAAGGCUCUAUCGGGGGCUGCUGAGGGCCUGGGAUCCGGGGGGGGUGCUGCGGCACAUGAGGACACGGUGGAGAGGGAUGCAGGUGGACAACUUGCAGGGGGUGCCGAAUGCCUGGAAAAUGGGGGGGGUGCUGCGAAGCAAACGGGGGAAGGGACUGCGGGCGUGCAACUUGCGGGGGCCGGCCGGAGGUACGGACCGGAGGAAAUCUGGUGCGGGAGUUACCGGGGGCGAUGGGGACCGGAUGGGGCGUUUGUUUGGACGGACAGCAAGAGUCGCCGCGUCCGGUUCCGUUCCGGUGGCCUGGCCCAGCUGGAGUCCGGAACGCCCGUCAAACCAAAGGGGAAGAAGCGCGGACGCAAACCCGGGGCGCCAGAGUCCGCUUCAGGUGGGCUGGCCCACGCGGAAUCCGGAACGCCCGUCACACCAACAGGGAAGAAGCGCGGACCCAAGCCCCGGGUGGCCGGGCCGUCCGACUCGGACGCCGACUUCCAAGCCAGGCGGGAACGGGAAAGGAAGCUGUGGGAAAAGCGGAUGGACGGGUGUUUCGACCGCAUUCACGAAAUCUUCUCGCGGGCGAAGCCGAUCCUUGCUGCGCUGUCCGAAAGAUUCCCGCCUGGGGAAGGCGACCGUCCGGUGUCCGCAUCUCCUCCGGGCGAUCCCAAGGUGUCGCCGGGAUUCGACACUUUCGCGCUGAGGGGGUUGACGGACUGGGCAGACGAGGAGUGGGAGCUGACCCCCCUGCCGAACGGGGAUCCCUCGCACAUCGGCAUGGAAAGAACGGGCCGACACAAGUUGCAGGAAACGGGGGGGAAGGAAGCAAGCAUCACCGGGGCUGGGGACCGGAGACUGAGUCGAAGCGGCCGAGGCGAGCGGAGGAUGAAGCAUCUCAAAGUGAAGCUCAGCAGGCAGGUUUUCGUAGACAGGACUCUCACUUACGUCAAGGCAGUUCCGUUGGCGGGUUAAAACGUCUACAAUAGCCGCUGGUAUGUACGUGCUCGUGUCGAUGCGAGGCACGGGCUGGUAUGCGGUCAGCCCGUGGCUGUGUUUUCUCUUUGAUCGUCGUUUCUGUGCGGGGCCCAAGGCGCAAAAGCAUAGCAUCUCGGCCUGUAAGAGGAUUGCGAAGGUAAUUAUGCUGCAAUUUGCAGUGCCUGCCCCUUGCGAGGCCUGCGCCACCGAGCUCGAAUUUAUGGC